AUGAAUAGUACAGUAAAGGAAACAGCAAAUUUCGAAAAGCUUGUAAAAAUUAGAAUUGGAGAACCUCUAACAGCUGUUGAAAUAUCCUAAUAACAUGCAAUUUUUGGCUCAAUAUCAGGAUAUGUUGGAGCUUAUGGCUUAGAUACAAAGGAGUUAAUUUAUAUUUAAGAAGUAUUUGAAGAGAUUAUUAGAGGAAUUCAACAAAAAGAAAAUGGGUCUUUUAAUGUUUUGGUUGGAGAUCAUUCUUUGAUUUAAUUUUAUUUAGAUGAAAUGAAAUAAAAAGAAAGAUUAAUUAAAGUAGCUUUUAAUAAUCAUACUCCAAAAAAGCCAGAAAUUUGUGCUUCAACUAUUACUUUUUUAAGUGGUAAUUUUGUAGCUAUGACCUAAGCUAAUCCUACAUAAAAUAAAGACGCUAUUUAUGACUCUAAUGACUAGCAGUUAAAAGGAAUUUUAUAAGUGUUUUAAAUAGAUAAGCAAUAAUGGAAACAUUAUUCUUAGUUUAAUCUCCCAUAAGUGUGUGUUCCUUUUGAUUUUGAUAGUGACAAAAUGGUAUGGCUUGAAUAUAAGGAUUAAGGUGUGAAAGAAAUUUAAAUUUAUGACUUAUCAACACAAAAGACAAGCUUAGUUACAUCAUUUACCAAAAAAAUAGAGUUUAUAAGCCAUGUUAAGUUACUUUAAAACUUUGUUAUCUAUGUAGAGAAUCACAUGCAUGUUAAAGUAUUUGACUUAAAGACAAAUAAAACUACUGAUUUGUAUUCACAUAAUUCAACUGUAUAAACAAUUUAUUGCACCUUUAAUGGUAAUGCUGCUACAAAACACUAAGAUGAAGAAAAUAUAAAGUUUAAAUUUUCAGAAAUUUCUCUAAAUUAAAUAGUAAUUCACUCUGUUGAUUUCAAUUGCAACUAUUUCUAAUAUUCAAACCAAAAGCUCACUCAUAAAAUUCAAGUCUUAAAAUAACAGAAUGUUCCCGAUUAGCUUAAAUAACAUAAAUAUAUUUUUGACAUGGGUUAUCCUUACUAUAUUAAAUCAAAAGAAAAUAUUGUUGCUUUCACAUGUGAUUUUGGGUUAUGUGUUUUACGUUUAUGA